AUGGCAGACGAUAUAAAAGCUUUGCGACGUGCAACAAAUGGCGAUGAAAUUUGUCGUAUUUUAGCGCGUUUCGGAGAGAAUUUACACGACAUUGUGUUGUGCGAUCAAUAUAUUGGUCAAGGACUCGUGGAAAUUUUGCGUGGUGGGUAGAUUUGACGCGAAUAUAUUUUAAACAGAAAUUCAGAGGCAGUUUCCAUAUUAAUAUUAACUCAGUUUAAAAACUCACCCCUAGAAUGAUUUGUAAAUACCAAUUAGAAUAGGUACUGUAGUUCUUUAUGAUGUCAAGACUAGUAUAUAGUCUGAGAUAUAUAUCAUUGUGUGUGAUAUACGUGUAUAUGUAAAUAGUUUCAAAUGUUGGGCCUGGACGAAAAUUACUUUGUGUGAAUCCAGUCAUCCAAUGAAAUAAAGUGCAUUAUUUUUAUUUAGUACCAUAAUUCUAAUCUGAACCUUAAUCCGAUCCGACUAAUCAUAUUAUAAUCCUAACUUUAAUCUUAAUCCCUGACCCCUAAUUCUAACCAUACCCCUAACCAGCUAAACUAAGCCUAUUCCAGUUCAUCAAUCGUGGUUGCCUGCUUCGGACUACAGUACCCCAUACUCACAUUGAUCUUGUAACCUCAGCUAGGGUACCUAUGACCAAACAAAGUUCCUUUGCCAGCCUGGCUGUCCAACCACCACCAACUGUCAAUUGUCCUCCAGAUGCUCCCUAACAAUAUUUGUUUGGGUACAACAACCACAUCAUACAGCGCAAAAACUAAACAUUUUAAUACAAAAUAUUAUAAACUUUUACAAAAUUUGCUUUGUUUACAAAAGUUAUAUUAUAUGCAUAGAUUGCUAAUUUGUCCAUCUGCAUCGUCACCGGCACUAUGAAGUCAUGUGCAAUGGGUCUAUUGGAAAUCCACCCUAAGUUAGUUGUGCCUAUCAUUUCAGAUCUAACAGGUUCAACUGACAUUGAUGUGUGUUCAAGUGCUCUGAGUCUCAUAACGAGGCUCGUUACAGACAAUCAUGAAUUAAUCCGGAAACUGUGUAAGCCAAUGGGUUUUCUCCGAAAGUUGAUGAAACUGUGCUCUCCAUUCGAAGACGAUGGUAUGACACUGUAUAUUCAAGUAACAUUAUAUAAUUAUCAUUAUUUCACUUUAAUUUAAUUUAUCACUAAUUAGCUCAUUAGUUAGUACUCAGAUGUUAAUUAUUUUCAUUAUAAGUAGAAAUCUUGUAUUUUGAAACAAGUAAUAUAGUUUAAUUUGCUAGACAACUUGACCAUUAUCUGUUGUUUUGUAACCGUGCUUUCUGAAAUCCACCAAUUGUAGGUAAACACGACAAGAAAUCACACCUAGCUUUACACAAUCAAGCGGUCGCUCUAAUUAAAACCCUCGUACUGAGUUCAGAAUGUGCCAUGCCGGAAGUGGCGAGUAUUGAUCUCAUCGGACAGUUGAUUGAACUUUGUGGGAUAUUUUUUGACGACUCUCGGCAUACCAGUUGUUGCUAUGGCAACUUGGGAUACCCACCGAGGGCUACGUCCUAUUUUCACGAUCUUGCACAUGGCCGUAAACUCAUUGGGAAUGUAAGAGAAAUGUUUCCUGAGGCAAGUAUGAAAGUCGUUGAAGCAUCAGAAGCAAAAGGUAGGUCCAAAACUUUGUUGGGUAACUGCACCUAUUGGUCGGUCAGGCGGUAAGGUGGACACUAACAAAUUUGAGUAUAACACUGAGAGCCUAUAUUUAAUUUUCUUUACUUGUAAGCAGAAAUAUUUGAAAAAGACACAAACGUUUGUGUGCUAUCUGUGGACCUCUAUGACACGAGAACAGAUCAGGAUAUCGUAAUACGAGAAGAGCUGGUCAAGGAAAAUAUGGCGUGGCCAAAAUUUUUGUCACCAGAAAAAGAAGCGAAAAUAUUUGCAAAAAAUAAGGUACCUGGCUAAUAAUACUGGUUAAAAACAUAAUUUAUGAAUAAUUUAUGAAUGAACUUGUGUAACUUUUACCAGGGCAGGGAAGAACAGAUCUGGGCGGACAUAACUGUCACGAGUGUCAUUGAUGGGGGACAUUUCUGGGCUCAAGUUGGCGGAGAAACUGUCGAUGAAAAGCUAAGAAACAUAUCACUUACACUUCUGAAAGAGGCAAGUGUAUUUAGCGAUCAUGUCAGAGAGGGCCCAGUAAGGCCUUUGUUGGUUAAGUUUACAUGAAAAAUUCGGCAUACUUGGAUAUGAACAUGCAGUUAGAGCUUGACAGCCUUGACAACUGGACUAGACAGCUCAGUUGGUUGGAGCACUGGACCGUGUUUGAACACUAGACCACUGGAUAUUGUAGGAAUCGAAAUCUGCUCCACACUGUAAUAUUUUGUCUUUGGAGGAAAUAAAUUUCCUGCGCAAAAAUUAUUACAAUUCUGGAAAUCUGAGGAAAAAAUUUUCAAGUUGUAAAAAAAAACCUGCAAAUAAUUUCUGACGAAUCUGGACAAAAUGCCAGUUUGUGAACCGGGAACCAAGCAAAUUUCUGAUCUUCCUAUCCGACAAAAACACUUUCUGACUGCGGAAUCCCUUGGCCUGCCAUGAAUUUUCUAUGAAAAUAUCUGACAUUUCUGCGCAUUUUUCCCAAGGAAAAAAUCUUUCCUGCGCAAAACACUUCAGUCUGUAAUCUGGUCACAAACAUGAACGACGCAUGUAGAUUACAAUUAACCACUGUUCAAACAAACCCUCAGACUUGUGUGUACAAAAAUGACACAUUUAUUUUGUUUAAUACCUCAGGAUCAAGCGAAAUUCACGACGGUCCCCGAGGUUGGCGAACUGGUUUGCUGUAAAACGAUGGUAGGAGGACACCAGGAUGUUUACCGCGGCAAAAUUUUACAAGUUUUCCGCACGCAAGACGAAAUCGUGUUGGAAUUGUUCGCUGUCGAUUACGGCUUUAAAAAUGUUGUUCCACUGAAUUGCGUUACUCGGAUAACGGCAUUGGGUAGACAAGAACCAUUUCAGGUAACAGAGCUCUCUGGAUAGUAUAUAACAGUACCACGCAGUCAUGAUUAAGUUUAUUGAGUUUUUAGUCUCAGUCAUUGGUGAGCGGAUUUCCCAACACCGGGCUAUUGCCCAAUUGAAAGGGGUUGAUUUAACGUCCUUAUAUCCAAGAAGACGCGAAAGUCUAACCAUUUACUGAGUUACUGAUGUCAAAGUAAAGGUAGCACUUUCUCCUCAAUUAUUUUAAGACCUUGAGUAGAGAUCCGACCAAGGAUUAAACCCGAGUCUCCCAAGCCUAAAAGACAAGCAUGGUGACCAGAACUGGUCGAAUGUGACCCCGAUGUUUCAUUGUCUUUCCAAUAAUUUAGGGAUCUGCCGAUAAUGGCAAAAAUAGUCCAAAAAUUAUGCUCGACUGUUUUUCGUUCACAAAAUAUAGGCUCGCCUGUGCGGUUUGACUGGUAUUCAACCACCUUCGUCUGAUGUCAAUGUUUUGGUAAAUACAGCUGGUAAGAUAAUAAAACUAUAUUAAAAACCAUCUCGCUUUUUCAAAACAGUCUUGUGUUGCAAAACUAUGAACAACGUGAUAUCUUAACUGAGCUCCUUUUCUUCACUAUAGCUGCACUAAGGAACCUCGCGUAUCAAAGUAACGCCAGCCGUCUACAGAUUUUGGAUAAAAAUGGCGUCGAUGCUUUGUUGAAGGUAUCAUCUUAUUUGUCAAGCCUAUUUUCAGUUUUUCAUUACACAUUUUGUUGUCGUCAGCAGUUUGGGAGUAGUGACUUUCCAUGCAUAUAAUUGCACGAUCUACUGACUGAAUUGUUGUAUUCUCUUUUUUAGCUUAUCGUUCUUCCCAACAAAGAAAUUCGUAAACAAGUUAUUGGUGCGAUUCUCAACUUGAGUAUUAACUUCAAAACAAGAGCACGAAUUGGAUUUUUGGGUGGCAUUAAAAUAUUGUUAGGUAUGUGAAUCAUUUCGUAUUGCUCCAGUGUAUACUACAGUACAGGAGGAAACCUAAACUGGAUAGCUCUAUACCAGUUCUAAACUGUUAAUAUAUGUUUGUAUUACGUGCGGAAAUUGUUACCAUUUUUGAGCCGAAAAUGGUAACAAUUUCCGCACGUAAUACAAACAUAUACAAAAUAUGCAAACUUUGCAAGACUAUAUUUUCCAAGCUUUACAACAUUUCGCAACCAAAUUUUGCAAUUUUACUAAUUUCGUUAUGUUCUUUUAGCUGUCGUGUUUGAUUCCCUUCUCUUUACGGCUUAGAUUAAAAUUUAGUCUAACAUACAAGUUGUCCAUUAGAACAAAGAACGACCUCGGCACUUUAGAAGAGACAUUGCCUUGCGUUCAAAAGCCAAAAACAAAACCGCAACCUCGAGGCGAAUUGGAGAAUUCGGAGUACGAAAAGGUUUAAUAUUUACCUUUUCUUCUCCCAGAUUUGAUUAACAACGACUUCAAACAAGAAAUUGAACUAUUGUGUCUCGCUAUUGGAGCUCUACGCAAUCUGAUGCUCGCCUCGCCGAUCAACCGUGGUCGAUGUGCGGAUGCAGACGGAUUCCUCAUUUUAACGAAUAUGUAUUUUUCAUCCACAAGUAACGAUGUGAAACAACAAUGCUUAGGAGCUUUGAAGAAUCUCGUUGGAAAUUCUUGGUAAAAUAUCGAUUACUUUCAAGGAUCAUAAUGGCUCUGUGACCGGUUGGACCAGCGCCCCGGGCCACAUAUGCAUAAAGUGCGACUAACCACAAAUAAGAUUUUUUCUAUGUGUAAUAUUUGGGGCAUUCGAAGAAGAAAUGUAAUAUAUCUUUAUAAUAAAAAUCCCAUCCUGAUCUGCGUUUUUCACUGUCAAGGUUUGUGGAUAUGAUGUCAUUAGGUGAAUUGAAAAUUAGUUUUCCUUUGUUUUUUGUACCAAAGAUUCACCCAAUGACGUCAGAUACGGAAACUUUGACAGUGAAAAAGUUGAUCAAGAUGAGGAUUUUUACUAUAAAGAUACAUUACAUUUCUUCUUAUAGAAUGGCCCAAAUAUUACAAUACAAAAAAAAAUCAUAUUUGGGGUUAGUCGCACGUUAAUUUGAAAUCAUUCACUCACUUCACAGGUAUCUAUUAACUGGCAGUGGCGGUGUCGAUCUUCGCGGUGUUGUUGACGAAAACAGAGUGGUAAGUUCUGCAAAGGUUGAGUUCUGCAUUGUCGUUAUGCUGUGGUGAUUCAAUUCAAUAUUAUUUUGUAGAGGCCGUUUUCUUUGUCAGCAGUCAUAACUCCAUCAAAACUACCCCCAAUGCAGCGAAGGUAAAAAAGAAGUGACUUAUGUCUCUCAGUGCUUAUGUCCUCACUGGACCUCUAGGAAGAGCAGUUUAGAACUGAUAGAGCUAUCCAGUAUAAAUAAAGUUAGUUUAGUUUACGUUUCCUCCUGUAGUAACACUGGAUCAAUAAGAGAUGAUCCUUCCUGACCUCUAGGAAGAACAAGUUUAUAACUGAUAGAGCUAUCCAGUAUAAAUAAAGUUAUUUUAGUUUAGGUUUCCUCCUGUACUAAUACUGGAUCAAUAAGAGAUGAUCCUUACUGGACCUCUAGGAAGAACAGUUUAGAACUGAUAGACCUAUCCAGUAUAAAUAAAGUUAGUUUAGUCAGUUUUGACCAAACUCUGUUUCUUGGCAGACCUCGUCGUCCUCUUCGACCAGGAGAAGUUGAGGCAAAACCAAUCGAGAAAGCGCUGCCAUCUCACGUGAUCAAUACAUCGUCCAAUCAGGAGACAGGAAGUGCUCAAAGUCCAGACGAAAUGACAGAUGGUGAUACAGAUGGAGACGAAAGAUUGUUGGGUGCUUCCCCUCCGUCUCCUCGUGAGGCUCGUAGAGAGGUGAA